UUACAAUUUAUAAACAAUAAGUGGAAAACACCCUCUGCUAUUUUUAGAAUAAAAAGAAAGUAGAAAACGGCAUGGAAGAGAGUUUCACACCAUACGAUCAUGUGAAGUUCAAAGAAUUGGAAAGCUUUGGUUUGAAAAAUUUAGUGCAGAUGAGAACAACUUUUAAUGUGUACCUAGACUUAUGUGAAGUGAGAGGAUGGUGGAAUGUAAAGCUGCAUGGAUGUAAAGACCUUGACCUGGCCUUCAUCUCAGGUCAUCCCACAAGAGAGGAAGCCAGAGAAAUUAUUUUGCCACUUUUGAGUUCAGACAGUAUCAGCACACACUGCCUACAACAGUAUCUAAAGAAAAUUAAAGUUGAUGGAUAUGAAACUCAUGGAAUAACCUUAGCUAUCUGUGAUGCUGACACCACCACAGUAUACUACAAGAUAACAGAAGGGUUAGUGACCCCUGAACCCCCAGAGGUCACAGAGGUGAAAAAGGUCCAAAGAUUUGAAAUGAUUAGAAAGCGUCAGCUCAACACACAAAGAGCAGUUCAGUCAUAUAAAACUGCAAAGCUAAAAGACAGUACACCACAGGAGGGUGAGGGGGCCAACACUGAGAAGGAUGAGGGGCUGAACACUGGGGAGGAUGCAUCAGUGACCUAGCUGGUUGAUCUCAUAUAGAAUAUAUGUAUUUUAUUAUAGCACUGCCUAUGCACUCAUGAAGAACCCACUUUACUACAGCUCUAAAUGGAAAAUGAUGGGAGAAGAGACUGCUUUGUUUAAUUGUUCUUUUAAUGGAAGUGUGCCUGAGGGCUCAAGAUGUAUUAAUUAUCUGGGUUAUAUUGUUUCCAGCCUGACAAAAGAAUUAAUGGAUAAAGAAAAAAAUAAAGAAGAUAUAUCCAAUGAAAUAUUAGAUACUACAGAAAAUGUUUUUUGUUUGUUUGUUUGUUUUUUGUCAUUGAAAACUGUUUCAAUGUAUACAGUUAUUAAGAUACUUCUCAAUACACAUGUACUGGUAAAUAUGCAUCAAUGUAUUUUUUGCAAUAAUUUUUCAAAGGAAAAAAGAAGUAAUUGGUUUUGGACGAUUUUGACAACCGUUUUAUGCCAAGAUUUGCAUUAUCAUAAAGAAAAGAACUUUAUACUCACUGUAAAGGCAUAUCCUCUACAAAAGCCAAAAUUAAAAAAUCUCAUAAAUGAA